AGUGUACAGUACUACACUGAUCUUAAUCUGUCAGGUUCAGGGUCCAACUUACUUCCAAAAACUUAAGUGUUGAACUAAAGGAGGAACAGAUUUGCUUUCACGAUGAAGACACUGCAUCUUUUACUUAUUUUGGGGUCUGUCAUUAGCGUUGUGUCUACAGACGAUGAGUCUAUGGUUCUGGCUGGUGGGCUCAUUCUAACAACGUCUGUGCUUCUGGUUUCAAUAGUCAUGCAUUUUAAUACUCAGCCGGAACCUUUACGGACUUUUAAUCCUGCAGGUUUGAAGUCAGAUUUAGGACAAGCCCUCUUUGGGCAGCACAUUGUCUCUGAUGUUGUACUAAAAGCUGUGUCCUCGUUUAUGGCUGACAGCAAACCAAACAAACCUCUGGUCCUCUCUUUCCACGGGACUGCAGGAACUGGAAAAAAUCAUGUCUCUAAAAUCAUUGCAAGAAACCUUUACACUACAGGAGAAAACAGCAAGCAUGUUCACACAUUUAUAUAUGACAAUCAAGAUUCAAAUGCGUACAGUGUGUGGCUAAAGCAGUUCAUACAUACGAAUGUAGCAAAUUUUCCACGCUCCAUGUUCAUUUUUGAUGAAAUGGACAAAAUGCAACCACAGGUUAUCGAUGUGAUUAAACCAUUCAUUGACUACAAUGCCCAUGUAAAUGGAGUGUCAUUCCACAAAGCAAUCUUCAUUUUUCUCAGUAAUACAGGUGGGAAAGUGAUUGCCGACCUGGCCCUGGAUUUCUGGAGAGAAGGCAGAAAACGGGAAGAGAUCAAGAUGAACAGCAGGGAUCUAGAGAUUAUGAUCUCUGAAAGCAUCAGCAAGAACGAGAAAAGUGGAUUUUGGCACUCCAGUCUCAUAGAGCAUCAUCUGAUUGAUCACUUUAUUCCUUUCCUACCUCUGGAGCUGAGGCAUGUGCGCCAGUGUGUCUUGACUGAGAUGGAGCAUCUGAACAAAACCCAAGAUGCUCAUCUGGCAGAUAAAGUGGCCAGAGACAUGCCUUUCUUCCCCAAAAUACACAGAGUCUUUGCUGAGAAAGGCUGCAAGUCCGUCAGGCAGAAGUUGGCGCUAUAUGUUGAUGAAUAGAAGUACCACUUAGUGCCAUUUGAAUGUAUUUGAAUAAGGGCUGUCAAUAGAUUGUUUUUCUAAAUUGAGACUAAUAAAUUAUUCUCACAAAA